AAAAUUUAAAUAUCAUUUUGAGCCAAUAACAAUGACCUUGACCUAACGGAACCCGUUCGAACCAAAUUUUUCAGAAAUCUAUUUGGAAAUACCCAACCUCCUUCCCCUUCCUCUCUCCCCCGACCUACGGUAGCUCUCUCGCCCAUCUUGAUUUUCCGGCGACAUCAGCGCAUAAAAAAAAAAAAAAAAAAAAAAUCGGCCAGCGGGUCUCCCUCCUCGCCGUCAACACCUCCCUUAGCAGCCGCUUACUCCAUUUACGGUCGAGCUCGUCGGUUUCAGCCGCAAACAGAAGUAGAACGAGAGAGAGUCGCCCUUUGCGAUUUCCGGCCAAAUUAGCUGCUCUCCGACACGUCCUUAUGGCCUACCACCAUUAAAAGGCAGAAUCCCUUCUACCUCUUCGCGGAGGUUCUCUCUUGCUGGUACCAAAUUGCGUAGAAACAAUGAGGGGUUUUCGGAAUUUAAUGUCGCGAGCCUCGUUUUGCCGACAGAGAUUCAAUCCUCAUGGUGCAGAAAUCAACAGUUCUUGUCGUUUAGCCUCUCACCGCGCCACAUACGUUUCGUCUACAAAGACUACGAAGUCUGUUUUGAACAGCGGAAUCAAUGGCUCUCUUUCUGGUUUCAAAUCGUUGAGGUCUAAUUUGCUUCCAGAGCAAUGGAACCAUUUCGCAGGGCAGAGGAGGACUAUGUUUAUACAAACUCAAUCAACUCCCAAUCCAUCAUCACUUAUGUUCUAUCCUGGGAAGGCAGUAAUGGAUGUUGGAAGUGCAGAUUUCCCCAGUGCUCGUAGCGCCAUGAAUUCUCCUUUGGCAAAAGCUCUUUAUGGAAUUGAUGGAAUUACUCGUGUUUUUUUUGGAUCUGAUUUUGUCACUGUAACAAAGUCAGAUGACGCUUCUUGGGAUUUUCUGAAGCCUGAGAUAUUUGCUGCGAUAAUGGACUUCUAUUCUUCUGGGCAGCCAUUGUUUCUUGAUUCACAGACUGCAGCAGCAAAGGACACAGCUAUUCAUGAGGAAGAUUCAGAAACAGUUGCAAUGAUUAAAGAGCUGCUGGAGACUCGUAUUCGACCAGCAGUUCAAGAUGAUGGUGGAGAUAUCGAAUAUCGGGGAUUUGAUCCAGAAACUGGAAUAGUCAAGUUGAGAAUGCAAGGAGCAUGUAGCGGCUGUCCAAGCUCAUCGGUUACUCUGAAAUCUGGAAUUGAAAAUAUGUUGAUGCAUUAUGUAUCAGAGGUGAAAGGAGUGGAGCAAGAAUUAGAUGCUGAAGAUGAGGAUGCAGCAUUGGCUGGUCAGAUGGAGUAGUUUAAUUACAUGUAGAAUAUUCAGAGAGAACUUAUGACAGGAAGGGAACGUGCUACCAUCUGCUCACCUAUGGAUUCUACAAUUGGAAUGUGAGUUGAAUUGAGUAUGCUGGUUAAGUAUAAUAUGAUGUCGCUAACGAUGCUUUUCACAUCCGAUGAUCAUCUUCUUCGAGGCUUAGAGGGAUCAAGUGGAACUGGCUCUAAAGAAGAACCUACAAACACAAACUUGGGAAUAUCAUUUUUCUUCUGUUCUGGUACAGGAGAAGGCAUCGUUUCGGGAGUUCAUUGAUUAGUACACCUCUGGUGCUGGUAAGGUCGGGACCCCACUUCGGAAUCCCUGAAAUAAGUCACUUCUCCUACAUAUUUCUCGAAUUUUCACUUAAAUUGGACUUCAAUUGUCAUCUAAUUUUCAUCUAUGAUUUCUUCAGACACGUGUUCACAAAUUCUAUAAUUUGCAUAACUCGUGUUUUGGAAUAGCGCGUUUUAGUUCAGGUUCAAAUUUAGAGUGGUAUGAUUAUUUUA